AUGACAUUUGAAGCGGGAAGAAAGAAGCAAAUUCUGGUUUUACAGCCCAAAGGGAAGCCUCUAUAUGAAAACGAUGAUCAGUCAUCAUUUGGCUUAAAAAUGUUACAAUCGAUGGGCUGGAAGAAAGGAAAUGGAUUAGGAAAGAGUCAGCAAGGAAAUCUAGAUUUUCUUCAAGUGCGUUACAAGAAUAAUGCCAAUGGAUUAGGAUUUGAUGGACUAAAAGAUAAUCAAUGGACACAAAAUGAAGAAAGUUUUGAUUCACUGCUUAAGAACCUUAAUUCGCAGUCUAAUUCCAAUUCAAAUAGUGGUGACGAGAAAGAGCUUAAAACAGCAGCAAAGUCAUUGGAAGAAAUGUCAAAGCAGUCAAGAGCUAGAGUACAUUACAAGAAAUUUACGAGAGGAAAGGAUGUCUAUAAAUACAGUGCGAAGGAUUUAGCUAAUAUUCUAGGCAAAAAAUCACUUAAAGAACCUGAAUUAAAGGCAGAGGAAGUGAUUACACCUGUUGAGGUUGAUAAACCUGAUACAUACAAUAGUGACUUGAUCGUCAAUGCAGGAGUUUCUAUCACUGAAUAUUUUAAUCAAAAAAGGAAAGAGAAGCUUGCAAAUGCAAAUGGAACUAAUCGCAGACAUAGAAGAGAUUCACAAAAGUUUAUUGAAGAGGAUAUAGUACCUGAAAUGAUCCAGGACGAGUCUGAGACUAUUGAAAUCCCCAAGAAGAAAAAGAAGAAGAGCAAAUGUAAUGGCAACGACCAUGAAAUUGAAGAAAUAGCACCAAUUAUCGAAAAUCAAGCAAUUGAAAAUAGCGAAGAAUCAAAUACGAAAAAGAGGAAAAAGAAAAAGGCAGAUUUAAUAGAACCUGUUGAGGAAGAACAAGAAGUUCCUGCCAAAAAGAAAAAGAAAUCAAAAGUCAUUGAAGAGCCACUUCCAACACAGGAAAUAACAGAUGAGAAAAUCAUUAAAAAGAAAAAGAAAAAGCAGACAAAAGAUUCUGAGGAACCAGCACAAGCAGUGAGUAAUCAAAUCCCAGAAUCACCAUCAAAUAAUAAAAAUAAAUCAAAUUUGGAUGUUGACAGGCCCCGAGGUGCUAAUGCUGUUUAUGCAACAGAUGUCGUCUUAAUUCCAUCGCAUGUAGCACAAAAAAUGGUCAACGUGCAGAUUAAUAAAUUUAAUUAUUCAAAUAUUGGAGAUAUUGUUGGAUAUGGCAUGACAGAUGAUAUUGAAAUAAAAGUGGUCGAGACUAAAAUGGGAAAUAAAGAUGCGAUAAAUAACGAUAAGUAUGCGCUGUACAAUAUGGACAGAAUAGCAAGAGAACGAAUUAAUCCGAGAAAGAUUUUAACAAAGAUUAAAAAGACCAAGAAGAGCAUCCAAGUAAUUUGA